AACCGACCAAUCAGGCACGCAGCUGGAGCAGGCAGGAAGGCUUCCGGGAUGUGGCGGGGCCUUUAUCUCUCGCUUCUGGAGCUUCAAGUCUCGUCUUUACUCCUCUGUGUCCUCUACUCUUAGAGGUCUAUUCUCUGUGGCCCUGUGACCUGCAGGUAUUGGGAGCUGGGACCCCCUGGAAGCCUAGAAAUGGGGCCGUUGACGUUUAGGGAUGUGGCCAUAGAAUUCUCUCUGGAGGAGUGGCAAUGCCUGGACACUGCUCAGCAGGAUUUGUAUAGAAAAGUGAUGUUAGAGAACUACAGGAACCUGGUCUUCUUGGCAGGUAUUGCUGUCUCUAAGGCAGAUCUGAUCACCUGUCUGCAGCAAGGAAAAGAUCCCUGGAAUAUGAAGAGACACAGUAUGGCAGCCACACCCCCAGUUCUAUGUUCUCAUUUUGGCCAAGACCUUUGGCCAAGGCUGCGAAUAAAAGAUUCUUUUCAAAAAGUAACUCUGAGAGAAAGUGGAAAAUGUGGACAUAAGGAUUUACAGUUACGAAAAGGCCGUAAAAGUGGGAAGAUGUUUAAUGUGUACAAGGAAGGUUAUAAUGAAUUAAAGCAGUGUUUGAAAACUGACGGAAGCAAAAUAUUUCAAUAUGAUAAACAUGUGAAAGUCUUUCAUAAAUUCUUAAAUUCAAAUAGGCAGAAGACAAGACCUACUGGAAAGAGACCUUUCAAAUGUAAAAAAUGUGGCAAAUCAUUUUACAUGCUUUUACACCUAAGUCAACAUAAAAGAAUUCAUAUUAGAGAGAAUUCUUAUGAAUUUCAGGAAUGUGGAAAAGCUUUUAACCAGUACUCAUACCUUACUAAUCAUAAAAGAAUUCAUACUGGAGAGAAACCCUACAAAUGUGAAGAAUGUGGCAAAGUCUUUACCGUAUCCUCACACCUUACUAGACAUAGGAUAAUUCAUACAGGAGAGAAACCCUACAAAUGUGAAGAAUGUGACAGAGCUUUUAACCAACACGCACACCUUACUAGACAUAAGACAAUUCAUACAGGAGAGAAAUACUACAAAUGUGAAGAAUGUGGCAAAGCUUUUAAACACUUUUUAAACCUUACUAAUCAUAAGAAAUUUCAUACAGGAGAGAAACCCUUCAAAUGUGAAGAAUGUGGCAAAACGUUUACCCUUUCUUUGUACCUUACUAGACAUAAGAGAAUUCACACUGGAGAGAAACCCUACAGAUGUCAAGAAUGUGGCAGAGCUUUUAACCGACACGUACACCUUACUGCACAUAGGAGAAUUCAUACGGGAGAGAAACCCUACAGAUGUGAAGAAUGUGGCAAAGGCUUUACUCGAUCCUCAUACCUUACUAGACAUAGGAUAAUUCAUACAGGAGAGAAACCCUACAAAUGUGAAGAAUGUGGGAAAGGCUUUACCGUAUCCUCAUACCUUACUCGACAUGAGAAUAUUCAUACAGGAGAGAAACGCUACAAAUGUGAAGAAUGUGAUAAAGCCUUUAGCAACUACUCAAAUCUUACUAUUCAUGAGAGAAUUCAUACUGGAGAGAAACCCCACAAAUGUGAAGAAUGUGGCAAAGACUUUAAACAAUCAUCACACCUUACUAAUCAUAAAAGAAUUCAUACUGGAGAGAAACCCUACAAAUGUGAAGAAUGUGGCAAAGACUUUAAACAAUUAUCACACCUUACUAAUCAUAAAAGAAUUCAUACUGUAGAGAAACCCUACAAAUGUGAAAAUUGUGGCAAAGCCUUUACCCUAUCCUCAUACCUUAGGAGACAUAGGAGAAUUCAUACAGGAGAGAAAGUAUACAGAUGUGGAGAAUGUGGCAAAAUCUUUAACCAGUAUUCAUAUCUUAGUAAACAUAAGAAAAUCCACACUGAAGAGAAACCCUAUAAGGGUGAAAAAUAUGGCAAAACCUUUAAUGAGUCCUCAGUUGUUAAAAGACAUGAAAUAAUUCAUACUGGAAAGAAACUCUACAAAGCAGAAACAUGUGACAUAUGCUUUGACAACAUUUCAAAUUUUUCUUUCCAUCAAAGAAAUCAUAUUGGUGAGAUUCAUAUUGGUUUUCAGAAGAAUACAUUUUACAAUAAAGGACAUAAUAUAAAUUAAGUAAUACAUACUAAGAUAAUUAUUCAUGAACUUGCAUUAUUAAUAAAUAUUUCUAUUACACAAAAUAAUCUACAGAUACAAUGCAACCUCAUGACAUUAGCAGUGAAAUACUUCAUAGAACAUUUUCAAAAUGAUGUUAAAAUUAAAUAACAACAAUAAAAAUUAUACCUACAGAAA